GGGGCGGGGUUGGAAUCUUUUUCUUAUUUUUAUUAUUAUUGAGCUUAUUGUUUUUUAAGUGUCAUCAUCGCGUUGGGCAUCAACCAGCAAGCCCGCCGCCACCGAUUAUGGCAAGCCAGCGCUAACGUUUCAUUUUCGUGGUCAUUCUGUCCACGCAGUUUGGGAAUAGCCAUGGCUAAAAGGAGCAACUUGUUUAUUCGAAUAGUGGAAGGAAAAAAUUUGCCUGCCAAGGACAUUACAGGUAGCAGUGACCCCUACUGUAUUGUGAAAAUUGACAAUGAAGUAAUAAUCAGGACAGCCACAGUGUGGAAAACUCUCUUUCCUUUUUGGGGUGAAGAAUACGAAGUCCACCUGUCCCCCAGUUUCCGCUGCGUAUCCUUCUAUGUGAUGGACGAAGAUGCACUGAGCCGGGAUGAUGUCAUUGGGAAAGUGUGCAUCCCCCAAAGUUUUUUGGCCGAGCAUCCAAAAGGGUACAAUGGUUGGUUGAACCUCACCGAAAUUGACCCAGAUGAGGAAGUGCAAGGAGAAAUUCACCUGCAGAUCGAGAUCAUCGGCAGCAGUGCUGCAAGGAAGCUGCGCUGCGUUGUGUUUGAUGCCAGGGAUUUAGCUCGGAAAGACCGGAAUGGAGCUUCUGAUCCUUUUGUCAGAGUCCGCUAUAAUAGCAAAAUUCAGGAGACUUCGGUGAUCAAAAAAUCUUGCUACCCCAGAUGGAACGAGACCUUUGAGUUUGACCUGGAUGAGUCGGCCACAGAAAAACUCUGCAUUGUUGAAGUCUGGGAUUGGGAUCUUGUCAGCAGGAAUGAUUUUUUGGGGAAGGUGGUAUUCAAUGUUCAAAGGCUGAAGGCUGUCCAGCGAGAGGAAGGAUGGUUUUUGCUCCGGCCAGACAAAUCCAAGCCAAGGUUGGAUGAAGGGAAUCUGGGCUCCUUACACCUCCAGGUACAGCUUCGGGAUGAGAUGGUUCUGCCAUCCAUCCACUACCAGCCUCUUGUCCAGCUGUUGUGCCAGGAAGUUAAAGCAGGGGCAAAGAACAAGAAAGUGCACUUAAUAACCCUGAUUGAUGAGACCACUACAGCUGAAUGCAGACAGGAACUUGCUGUCAACCUUGUCAAGCUCUUCCUGGGCCAAGGCUUGGUUAAAGAGUUCUUGGACCUCCUCUUCAAACUGGAGCUGGAGAGAACCUCUGAACCAAACACAUUGUUUCGGAGCAACUCUCUAGCUUCUAAGUCCAUGGAGUCAUUCCUGAAGGUGGCAGGUAUGCAAUACCUCCAUCGAAUCCUUAGGCCAUCAAUCAACCGAGUGUUUGAAGAGAAGAGGUACAUUGAACUAGAUCCCAACAAAGUGGAAAGCAAAGAGAUCGGGUGCUCUAGCCUUCACCGGAUCCAGAGUGAAAGUGAGGUGAUCCAGCAGAGUGGCCAGCUCCUUCAGUCGUAUCUGACGGACCUCCUGAGCACCAUCACCAAGUCUGCCAAGAUGUGUCCUGCUGUCAUCCGUGCCACUUUUCAGCUACUUUUCAAGAGAGUUGGAGAACGGUUCCCCGAGGAGAAAGAUCAGAAUGUGAAAUUCAUUGCCAUCACCAGCUUCCUCUGCCUACGAUUCUUCUCUCCAGCCAUUAUGUCCCCCAAACUCUUCCACCUGCGGGAGAAGCAUGCUGAUGCUCACACCAGCCGGACCCUGCUUCUGCUGGCCAAGGCUGUCCAAAAUGUGGGGAACAUGGACACGAGCAUCAGCCGCACCAAGGAAGCAUGGAUGGCCCCUCUGCAAGCCACCGUUCAACGUGGUGUGGCACAGAUGAAGCAGUUCAUCCUCCAGUUAAUUGACAUCGAGGAGAAAGAUGAAUUAGACCUGCAGAAGCCCAUCUCCCUGCAACCCCAGGUUGUAAAAGAGGGGUACCUGUUCAUCCACAAGGCAAGAAGCAAGGGGCCUCUCCUCUCGUUCGCCUUCAAGAAGCUCUAUUUCUCAUUAACCCAUGAGGCUCUCACCUGCGCCAAGACACCCAACUCCAAGAAAAGUUCCUUUGUGCCACUGACUAGCAUCCGGGCAGCUGAGAAGGUGGAGGAGAAGAGUUUUGGCAUCUCCCAUGUUAUGCAGAUCAUCCACACCAAUGAUGCUGGGCAAGAAGACACGGCUUACCUGCAGUGCAAGUGUGUGAAUGAGCUGAGCCAGUGGCUGUCAGCCUUGCGGAAGGUCUGCGGGAACAACGCUGGAAUGCUGUGCUCCUAUCAUCCCGGGGUUUUCCGAGGAGAUAAAUGGAGCUGCUGCCACCAAAAGGACAAAGCAGGUCUUGGUUGUGACAAAACUCGGCAUGGAGUUACUCUGCGGGAAUGGAAUGAUCCCUUGGAUCCUGACCUGGAGGCUCAGCUGAUAUUCCGGCAUCUGCUUGCAAUUCAAGAACUAAUGAGGGAAAAGUAUGUGGAAUUGUCAGUUCUGGAUAAAAGUGAAAAUCACCAAAGUGAAGAUCCUGAAAAUGCUGACAGCCCCAUCAGGCUUUUCCAGAUACUACAUGAUUUAGAAGAAAUUCACCAUAAGGAAGUUUCCCGGUCAACUGACAUGGCCCAGCAGAAUCAGAAUUACUUGGUGGAACUGCAGACGUGACUCCCACAAAAAAUUAAUUGGGGGGCAAGCUCCACCUUUGCCCUGUUCAAGCAGCAUGGUUGCUACACCCCCAGAAUGGCAACUACACUCUCUGGACUCAAUGUUGUCCAUUGAGGUGGAAUGGAUGGCACUGUCCCGGUUCUUGGGAGGUCCUACUCUCUCCUUUUGGACCUCUCCUGUAAUUCAGUCAUUCAGCCUCCAGUCUCCAUGGUGUGCCGAGACUGGCUGUUUUAUCUUAGUACAUCAACCAGAAUUGGACAAUUAUUCUUGAAAAAAAGACUAUGUUUCUAUAUUUCAUGAUGCUUUUGAUAAUACAUAACAACAAUAAAGUUACUCUGUUGCGGGGUGGUAGGGUGAAGCUUCUGUGCCUUUCACCCUUCCUUCCUUCUUUCCUUUCUUUAUGUAGCUCUAAAAAUACAGAACUUUGCAUUAGUGGUCUGAAUCUUGUGAAGGAGCAAGUCCCAUUUCCCAUCUUCCACAGAACUUUUUCACUAGCAAUGGCUUUCCUGUAGAAGCAACAUUUUCCAGAUUCCCAGCUCUGAUGCACAGAUGAGCUACACUGAAUCAGAACAGGGUGAGGUGGACAUUUCAACCUUUGGGAGCACCGUAAAGGUGAAGCAAACUGCUCAAAUAUUAUACAAAAUUCAUGGCUGCAAGAUCUGGGCCAAGCAAUAGAGAGAACAAUAAUGGUUAUGUAUAGCGACUUCUUGGCAGGGGGAGAGCUGGGGAGCACCCAGUAAGACAAAUGAAGAUGCCAAUCUAGAGGAAGGAAGAAUUGCUUCACAAUUCUUGUCCAUGAUCCUCCCUCCCUCCAAGCCCAAGGAACUCUGAAUGUACAAUAAAGCUUUUUCAAAAAAGAAA